AUGGGCAACCAGGUGCCCGUGGUGGUGGAGCGAUGUGGCUCCAUUUGCCACUCUUGCGAAGCAUCCAAAGAUGGUGGACUUCCUUGCUCCCCUGGGCUGCUUGGUUCGGAAGAGUUCGUGGAAACGCGAGAGGUGAAACAGAUGCAUGCUUGGCAAUCGCCAACGCCUACUCCGAGAGGAGGUAAAGCCGUGACUCUCAACACGGAGGACCUGCCACCCAUGUCUCCAUCUGUGGCAAGCGUCGGCACCAUGAGCAUGAAUAUGGGAUUAGCCACGCCGAACUCAACUCCUCAGCAAGUCGGCGUGCUAGUCGGUCUGCUACGAGGGCUGACCGGUGCUCUGGAGGAAAAAACUGUGACAUACGAUGACGGCUCCACUUAUACCGGAGCGCUCCAGAACGGCCAGCGGCAUGGUUCCGGGGUGUGGAAAAAUGAGACGGAGAUGUACGACGGGGAAUGGCAGAAUGACCAACAGCAUGGAACUGGGCGUCAGACGUGGAGCGACGGGCGGUCCUACGAGGGACAAUACUACAGGGGCCACUUCUCCGGAAUUGGCAAAAUGGUCUGGAAGACUCCCAAAGGCUGCAUGUGCUACGAGGGCGAGUACCUCGACGACAUGAAGCACGGCAUGGGCAAGUUUACCUGGGCCGAUGGUCGCUGUUACGACGGAGAGUGGCAGCAAGGCAAGAGACAUGGCCGUGGCGCGGGGUACCUAGGGUGGAGUUUGAGUUUUGCUGCUGCAGCUUGGAACCUGCAUGUGCCGGCGCGAGUCAGUGAGACAGUUUUCAUUACUCCUUAUAUUGAGUUCCUAAUCCACUGCGAGGCAUUACGAGGCCAGCGCAGGCCUUAA